AUGAUUCAUGGAGGAGGGAAAAUGGGAUUGGAGGAAAGGGCACCACGUCCUGGGCUGCGUACUGGCUGUGACUGCCAACAACCAGCCCGUCGAAUCCAGAAAUGUACCACAGACUUUGUGUCCCUGACUUCACACCUGAACUCUGCCAUUGACGGCUUUGACUCCGAGUUUUGCAAGGCCCUGCGUGCCUAUGCUGGCUGCACCCAGCGAACUUCAAAAGCUUGCCGUGGCAACCUGGUAUACCAUUCUGCUGUAUUGGGUAUCAGUGACCUCAUGAGCCAGAGGAACUGUUCCAAGGAUGGACCCACAUCUUCUACCAACCCUGAAGUGACCCAUGAUCCUUGUAACUAUCACAGCCAUGCAGGAGCCAGAGAACACAGGGGCGGGGACCAGAACCCUCCCAAUUAUCUUUUUUGUGGCUUGUUCGGAGAUCCUCACCUUAGAACUUUCAAGGAUCACUUCCAGACGUGCAAAGUGGAAGGGGCCUGGCCACUCAUAGAUAAUAAUUAUCUUUCAGUUCAAGUGACGAAUGUGCCCGUGGUCCCCGGAUCCAGUGCUACUGCUACAAAUAAGAUCACAAUCAUCUUCAAAGCCCACCGUGAGUGUACCGAUCAGAAAGUGUACCAAGCUGUGACAGAUGACCUGCCUGCUGCCUUUGUGGAUGGCAGCACCAGCGGUGGGGAUGGCGACACCAAGAGUCUGCGUAUAGUGGAAAGGGAGAGUGGCCGCUAUGUGGAGAUGCACGCCCGCUACAUAGGGACCACGGUGUUUGUGCGGCAGCUGGGUCGCUACCUGACCCUCGCCAUCCGCAUGCCUGAAGACCUGGCCAUGUCCUACGAGGAAAGCCAGGACCUGCAGCUGUGUGUGAAUGGCUGCCCCCUGAGCGAGCGCAUUGAUGAUGGGCAGGGCCAGGUGUCUGCCAUCCUGGGGCACGCCCUGCCUCACACCCGCCUGGCACAGACCUGGCCUGGCUACACACUGGAGACUGCCAAUGCUCAAUGCCACGAGAAGAUGCCAGUGAAGGACAUCUAUUUCCAGUCCUGUGUCUUCGACCUGCUCACCACCGGUGAUGCCAACUUCACCGCGGCAGCCCACAGUGCCUUGGCGGACAUGGAGGCACUGCACCCGAGGAAGGAACGCUGGCACAUUUUCCCAAGCAGUGGUCAGGAGACUCCCCGUGGAGGCAGCCAGCUCUCUCUCGGCCUGGGGCUCAUGUGCUUGAUCUGUAUUGUGUUUUUGUAGGGGUUGUCUUUUAUUUUUUGUCUAUAACAAAAAUUUAAAAUAUAUAUUGUCAUAAUAUAUUGAGUAAAAGAGUAUAUAUGUAUAUACCAUGUAUAUGACAGGAUGUUUGUUCUGGGACACCCACCAGAUUGUACAUACUGUGUUUGAUUGUUUUCAUGUAUGUUGGAUGUAGUGCUCUUUGAUUGUAUCGAUUUUAUUUUGCAGUUUUGUGAAAAGUUUUAUAAUGUCCCUGCCUGGGGACCUGUUAGAAAGCACUUUAUUUUUUAUAUAUUAAAUAUUUAUGUGUGUACCUGUUUAGUAUGUAUAGUACAUAUACACAGACACCAUAUGCAGCGUCCCCUUUGAAACGAACAGUGAUGAUGUUUGUAGUUGUUCCUGGCUGUUCCUUUCUGCCCUUUCCCUUUGCUACUGAUUCCCAUGGUGCGCAGCUCAUACUCACCUCCUGGUGGAGCCUCCCCAGCGCUUCUGUCCUCACUUGAUUCGGAAGAAUAGUUAACUCCACCUUGCAGGUGCUUUUGGCUGUUAAAGACUGAUGUCUAGGAAGCCCUCUCCCUCUUCAACAGCUGUUGCUUUUCCAAGAGAGUGGAGAGAAUAUUACUACAAUCCUUAUUAAACUAGGAUUGUUAUAUCUGAGCAUUUCCAGUGUAUUAAGUUGAACCAUAUGAAACUGCUGUUUUUAUAGGUCAGAAGGGGCUAGUAGUGAUGACAAUUUCCUAGGUAAGUACCAGGCAUUUUGCUAGACUCCGGUAGUGCUCAGUCUGUCUGCAUCCCAUGUCCUUGUGUAAACUGUAGUUUUUUUCUUCUUUUAACUAUUUUACAUUGAACAAACAAAACACAAAAACAUAAAUUUAGUGAUCAUGGCUUGCCGCUUUCUAUGAUUUGUGCAAGCCCGCAUUCUUAGCCUUCCCUCCUUGACUCUUCAGGCCCAGAAACGUACUGCUCCCUAUCUCCACCCACAGCAAGCCCUCCUCAACCUCAGGCACUGGGGACUGUUAGAUUCCUUACUGAGGCCCAGGUCCCACCACCAAGUUUACCACUCUUUGUUUCCCUCCACACCAUGUUCUUCACCGUAGCAUCCACGGUCUUCCACACGUCUGUUUGCAUGAUGGAAUGGACUAGGGUGUCAAUGACAAACACUUCCUCCGCCUGACUCAGAAUGUGGCUGAACUCUGGGUGCUAGUUAAUCUAGAGAUUCUCAUUAAGCAGCGGUUGCUGCCAGGUGGUCUCUUUAAUAAGAUAUUAUCCCUGUUAAUGUCUGUAAGUGAAUAUUUUGUCAGUUGCUCAUGUAACUUCAUAAAAUCCCUAUAAAGUUAAAAAAAUUUUACCUCUUCAGUUUCCUUGUCAACAAUCCCCUGCAAAAGGAAAACACUAUCAACAGCAGCAAACACAGUUAACUGAGAAAGUAAACUCCAAAAUGGGUAGGUUUGUAUUGUUCUUUCUAAAAUGUGUUCGGUUCCAAGAAAAAGUGAUAGAAUUUGUGCUUUACCUUAAGUUUACAUUAAUGUAAACAAAAGUGAAUAAACUUUAAAUACCAUAGUAAUUUGGGUCUAGAUUGUGCUAAGUUUCUGUUAGCCAGGUAACUGCUUCCUUGUGCCAUAUGCCAUGGGUUGGUAGCACUGCCAGAGGCCCAAACUGGCGGGAUGAAAGGAUGUCAUUUUUGUGAAGUUUCUUCAGUAAACUGAUCAUCCAGUCACAGGAUGAACUGCGAUUCAUCCAGAGGUGGCAAAGCUCCUCUCCACUUUCUGCUAUAUAAGAGAGUAUUCUGGCCAGUCUGGGAAAAUGAGACUGUGCAAACAGUAUAAAAGUGAAGUGAAAACAAGAGUAGAAAUUUCUACAGUGUCUGGGUUUGGAGUGUGUAUGGUUAAUGUACCUUUGGCCUUUGUAGGGAAAGCAGACCACCUCUACUAAUAGCUGGGAAAGAAAAUCGUGUCAUUUUGCCAUACUAUUUAACUGGAAAAGAUGCUUAAAACCAUCCUACAUCACUAGGAAUGGUACCAGUACAUUUAGCUAUUCUCCCUUAGCCAGUGUUCCUGUACAACACUUAACUGUCCUCACAGAUCACUGUUUUAGAAAUGCAGGUACUUGGAGAGAGGCCAGCUUUAUUAUCUCCUGUUUCUUUUAUAGGAUUUCUAGAGAAAAUGCUCCUUGCACAUGUUGGUCUUUGAAAUCUUCCUUAACCAGAAGAGUUUUGGGUCACAGCAACACAUGGAUAGGCUGUAGCUGUUCAAAGGUCUCCUGGGGAGCCUAAAACUCGGAGGAAAACACUGGUUUUCACAGAUGUUCCAUAUGGCUGUCUUUAAAAAACUUAAAACAUUUUUUGUCCUCUUUUUAUGCUUGGAAAUCCCACAGUGUGCUGAGUCUUUAGAUGUGGUUCAUAGGUAUAUGAAUAAGUAUCUGUAAAACUGUGAGUGUGCAAGUGUGUAAAUACUUUAAAUUAUUAUGCUAGAAAAAUAAAGUUACAUACCAUGCUGUGGA